AUGCCUACCGUUUCGGUCGACAAGGCCAACUUCUUCAAGUCGCUAGGCAAAGACUACACGACACAAGAAUUCGACGAGCUCUGCUUCCAAUUCGGCAUCGAGCUCGACGACGACACGACGGAGGAAUGUCGUAAAGCGGGCAAUGGCGAGAGACCGCAGCUCAAGAUCGAUAUCCCUGCCAACCGAUAUGAUCUGCUUUGCCAUGAGGGAAUCGCAAGAGCCCUUCUUGUCUUCCUAGGGAAGAUGAAGCAGCCGGAUAUCAAGGUCAUGCAGCCAAAGGAGAUGCUCGAGAUCCACGUUGACGACCAAGUCUCCAAGAUCCGCCCAACGAUCCUCGGCGCUGUGCUGCGUAACGUCACCUUCACGCCGGAAAACUACGCAAGCUUCAUCGAUCUGCAGGACAAGCUGCAUCAGAACCUUGGCCGUCGUCGUACUCUCGUCUCUAUGGGAACGCACGACCUUGACACGAUCAAGGCGCCCUUCUCCUACAAAGGCCUCGCCCCCAAGGAUGUCAAAUUCGCUCCCCUCAACAGGCCAGGACAGGUCAUGGAUGGGCCCACGCUCAUGACUACGUUGGAGCAAGACAAGCACCUUUCGAAGUACCUGUCCAUUAUCAGGGACUCGCCCGUCUACCCUGUCGUUCUCGACGCAGAAGAGACGGUCUGCUCACUGCCGCCAGUGAUCAAUGGAGAUCAUUCGAAGAUCACCCUCAACACGAAGAAUGUGCUCAUCGAUAUGACGGGGACAGACGAGACCAGAUGUAGUCACGCGCUGGCUGAGCUCGUCUCCAUGUUUGCUGAGUACUGCGGGGAAAAGUUUUCCGUCGAACCUGUAAAGAUCGUCCACUCGGAUGGCAAGAGCCUCAUCACCCCAGACCUGUCACCGCGCGUUGCGACCUGCCGCCUGUCCUACAUCAACUCUUGCACGGGCCUCGACCUCGAUGUGCCCACGACCAUCAAGCUGCUGGAGCGAAUGGGUCACUCAGCCACUCAAUCCCCUCAAUCACCAGACGUACUGCAAGUCAGCAUCCCCGCAACAAGACCAGAUGUUCUGCACGAAUGCGACCUCAUGGAGGACGUCGCAGUAGCAUACGGCUUCGAUCACCUGCCGCGUCGCUUCCCGUCAACAAACACAGUCGCCGCUCCUCUGCCCAUCAACAAGCUUAGCGAUGUGCUCAGGCGAGAAUUCGCCUAUGCGGGAUGGGUGGAGGCCCUUUCCUUGAUCCUCUGCUCUCACGACGAGGCAUACAAGCAACUACGUCGCCCCGAUCCGGGAAGCGAGGCCAUCCUCCUAGAGAACCCCAAGUCGCUCGAAUACCAAAUGGUACGAACAACCUUGCUGCCAGGCUUGCUCAAGACCCUCCGCGAGAAUCGCAAGCACAGCUUGCCCUGGCGCCUAUUCGAGGUCUCCGACGUAGCAAGGCAAGACGCCGAGGAUCUGGAAAGAUGCGCAAAGAAUGAACGCAGGGCAGUAGCGAGCUAUUCUGAUCGCGAGGCCAAGUUUGAGGUGGUUCACGGCCUGCUGGGUAGGGUGAUGCGGGUCUUGGAUGUACCUUACCUCCAAGGAGGACGAGAGGCGGCGUCGUCGUCGUCGAGCAGUGCAGGCAAGAAGGAGAGCGGUCACGCAGGAAGGGAUAAGGGUGGCUACUGGAUCGAGGAAUCGGACGACCCAACCUUCAUGCCUGGGAGGGCGGCGGUGGUCAAGUUCCGUACACCGGUCAGGGAGCAGGAGGAGAAGGAGGAGGCAAACCAGCAACAGAUCAAGGCGCCCGCAACGGGUGACGAUGUUGAUGCGGCUAAGCGGGCUGCUCCGACGGCGAGUGCGACGGAUGUGGAGAAGCAUCUCGGUGAUGCAGACAAGAAGCAGCAGAGCAGCAGCAGCAGCAGCAAGGACAGUGCCAUUUCGGCCAUCUCUAAUCUGGCGUCCAAGCUGCACCUCGGUGGCAGGAAGGGAGGUGAGGUCAUCACUGUUGGACAAUUGGGCGUGUUGCACCCUGAGGUGUUGGCUGCCUUCGGUCUCGACUGGCCAACAGCUGUGCUCGAAUUGCAGGUUGAGCCUUUCCUCUGA